CAUGUAUAAAUCUGUCACUCUAUUAAAACAUCUUGUAGCUAAUGCUAGUUUAGGUUUUGUGUAUUUUGGAUACUCUGUUGGUUAUUUGAAUCCUGCAUUAUAAACAGUAGACGUAGUUUUUGGAAUCACAGAAAAUGUUGAUUAUUUUAAUGGUCUAUUGUCAGGUAUUUAAUAUUCUAACUUAGCAAUUAUGACUAUUGGAGCUGCAAUUGGAGUUUUAAUUAUGCCUAAUAUGUUGCAAUAUUUUAGUAGAAGACAAUCAUUAAUUAUUUUGGAUUUCUUUGGAAUUUUUGGAUAUGGAAUUUAAUUAGUUGGUGAUUGGAAUUUUCUUGUUAUUGGGAGAUUUGUAGCAGGAGUAGUACUAGGCCUUAAUUCAGCAUUAGUAAAUAAAUUAAUCAAAUUAUAUUAAGGUUCCCGUUUAUGUUAACGAGUUUAGUCCUCCAGAACUUCAAGGAGCAUUGGGUUCUAUCAUGACUAUGUCUGGUAGUUUUGGUUUGUUUCUUUCUUUCACAAUAGGAUUAUGGUAUAUUGCAAUAAUUAUAUUUUAUUUAGGUAUAAAUAAAGUCCAACCAUAGAUGAUCAAUAUUGGAGAGUUGGAUUUUCUUUUCCUUUGUUAGUUUGUGCCUAUCGUACUUACAAUCUCAUUAGUAACUUUAAAUUAGAUUCACCGAAUUAUUAUAUCAGUGUAAAUGAUGAAACAAAUGCUAUCGAAUCAAUAAAAAUGAUAUAUUAAGAAUAAUACAUAUAAGGUGUAUUAAAAUAAACAAAAUAAAAUCAAAAGUAUUGAAAUUAUUCAAAUGUAGACAAAAUACAAAUUAAAAUGAAUCAUAUAAAGAUUUGUUUUAUGGAAGAUUAUUUAGAAAUUUAGUUAGAAUAUCUUUAUUAGCAUGCAUAGGACAAAUGCUAGGAAUUAAUGCUGUUAUAUUUUAUUCAACAUAAAUUUUUAAUGAGAUUACAAAUAAUGAUGUUUAGAAAUCAAAUAUUUUAAAUCUCUUUAUACCUUUAUUAGGCAUUCUUGGAGCAUUUUUAAUGGGUUUUAUAUUAAAUAGAAUGACCAGAAAAAACUUCUUUUUAUUAGGAGCUGUAGCAUGUGUAUUAGUAGAAUUACCUCUUGGAUAUAUGACAUCACUAUAAGAAUAACCAGCUAUUCUAAUAGUAGUAUUUAUAUUACUCUUUAUUUUGUUAUUUUCUACAACAAUAGGACCAGCAUUUUGGGUAAAUUAUAAUUUUAAAUAAUAGGUUGUAAUGCCAGAAAUGGUUUCUCCAAAAGGUGUUUGUCUUGCAACAAGUGUGAAUUGGCUUGGCACAGCUAUUGUGGGUCAAUUCUUUCCAAUACUAGUCUCUUCUUUCAGCAUAUCUGUUUGUUUUUACAUUUUUUCAUUUGCAGGAAUCUUAGGGAUAAUAUACAUAUAAUAUGAUUUUAAAACAGAUCCAAAAAAUGUAGACACUUAAUAAAAUACGGAAUUGGUGAUUUUAAAUUAAUGA